AUGGACCGACAUCACUAUGAAACAUUUGAGAAAUUUGGGAAUGAGAGCUUCAUCCUUCACUUGGACAACGGUCGAGCGUUUGGACGGCAUUCUCGGGAUGAGCCCUCGAUCCUGGCCCCUCUCAGACAAUGCUGCAGGAUCCGCAGAGGGACAUUUCUCCGGCUGCAGCUCCUAGCCACUGACCACUACAAGCUGAGUGACGUGAUGUGGGAGUCUCUGCUGAGCGACAGCCUCACGCCGAUCCUGAGUGAACCUCACCUGACUGCCCUGAACCGCAGGCUGGACACCAUCCUGCAAACCAUCAGAGACUGUAUCCAGCAGCACGGUGGACACACAGUCCUGCGCAAUGACCUGGGAGCACAGCGGGUCCGUCAGUAACAGGGUGAGGGCAGUGCUCAUCGGGACAGGGAAAGGGCUUUCUGUCUUCCUCGUGUGAACCAGAGCUCAGACACACAAUUAAUAAUGCCCUGCACCUCACACACUGGGUCAUUCAACACACCAUCCCCUCCACACCAAUACACCCUGACCUCACAUUUCCAAUCC